UUCUAGCCCGCAGUAGCUGAAAAGCGCAGCUCUGGUGGGAGGAAGCGUCGGUCCUGUUGCCACGCUGCAGCGGGGCCACAGCAGAGGCACAGGUCCCAGGAGGCCCCGCCGGCCGCGCCGAGAUGUGGAAUCCCCUGCACGAAGCCGACUUGACCUUUGUCGCUUGGCGCCGCCCGCGCUGGCUGUGCGUUGGGGCGCUGGUGCUGGUCGCAGGCCUCUUGAUCGUCGGCUUCCUCUUCGGAUGGUUUAUAAAAUCCUCCAAUGAACCUACUAACAUUGUUCCACAGCAUAAUGUGAAGAAGGCAUUUUUGGAUGAAUUGAAAGCUGAGAACAUCAAGAGGUUCUUAUAUAAUUUUACACGGCUGCCACAUUUAGCAGGAACAGAACAAAACUUUCAGCUUGCAAAGCAAAUUCAAUCCCAGUGGAAAGAAUUUGGCCUGGAUUCUGUUGAGUUAGUCCAUUAUGAUGUCCUGUUGUCCUAUCCAAAUAAGACUCAUCCCAACUACAUCUCAAUAAUUGAUGAAGACGGAAAUGAGAUUUUCAACUCAUCGUUAUUUGAACCACCUCCUCCAGGAUAUGAAAAUGUUUCAGAUGUUGUGCCACCUUUUAAUGCCUUCUCUCCCCAGGGGAUGCCAGAGGGUGAUCUCGUGUAUGUUAACUAUGCACAGACUGAAGACUUUCUUAAACUAGAGAGGGACAUGAAAAUCAAUUGCUCUGGGAAGAUUGUGAUUGCCAGAUACGGGAAAAUUUUCAGAGGAAAUAAGGUUAAAAACGCCCAGGUGGCAGGGGCCAAAGGAGUCAUUCUGUACUCAGAUCCUGCUGAUUACUUUGCUCCUGGGGUAGAGUCCUAUCCAGAUGGUUGGAAUCUUCCUGGACACGGUGUCCAGCGUGGAAAUAUCUUAAAUCUUAAUGGUGCAGGGGACCCUCUCACACCUGGUUACCCAGCAAAUG